CAGGUUCGCUGGGAUACUGCCCUCCCUGAGGAUUUUUUUUUUUUUUAAACAAUAAACUGCAUAAUGGAAGUACAUUCAGACAAUGCAUCUUCUGUAAGGUUUAUUGAGAGUUCGGUUUCUGGAAAGCUUUGCAAAACUGAGGAAUAUCAGACUGCGAAUCACCGGGAAACCUUCCCUUGCAGCACAGAAGCAAUCUCUUCCUAUCUUCGAAUAUUCUGAUGGCAGAUGAAAUGGAAGGAAGGAGGAAGCAUGGCCACAAAUUGGAUCAGAUCUCUUUGUGGAUUACAUUUUCAGUAAAAUGUAUGGAUCUAUCUUUUCCUUGUUCUUAUAUCUAGAUCAUGAGACUUGACUGAGGCUGUUUCCAUAUCCUCCAUCCAUCUAUGGCGAACUAUAGCCAUGCAGCUGACAACAUUUUGCAAAAUCUCUCGCCUCUAACAGCCUUUCUGAAACUGACUUCCCUGGGUUUCAUAAUAGGAGUCAGUGUUGUGGGCAACCUUCUGAUCUCCAUUUUGCUAGUGAAAGAUAAGACCUUGCAUAGAGCUCCUUACUACUUCCUGCUGGAUCUGUGCUGUUCGGACAUCCUCAGAUCUGCAAUUUGUUUUCCAUUUGUAUUCAACUCUGUCAAAAACGGCUCUACCUGGACUUAUGGGACUCUGACUUGCAAAGUGAUUGCCUUUCUGGGGGUUUUGUCCUGUUUCCACACUGCUUUCAUGCUCUUCUGCAUCAGCGUCACCAGGUACUUAGCUAUUGCCCAUCACCGCUUCUAUACAAAGAGGCUGACCUUUUGGACGUGUUUGGCUGUGAUCUGCAUGGUGUGGACUCUGUCUGUGGCCAUGGCGUUCCCCCCAGUUUUAGACGUGGGCACCUACUCGUUCAUUAGGGAGGAGGAUCAGUGCACCUUCCAACACCGCUCCUUCAGGGCUAACGAUUCCCUAGGAUUUAUGCUGCUCCUCGCUCUCAUCCUCCUAGCCACCCAGCUUGUCUACCUCAAGCUGAUAUUUUUUGUCCACGAUCGAAGGAAAAUGAAGCCAGUCCAGUUUGUAGCAGCAGUCAGCCAGAACUGGACCUUUCAUGGCCCUGGAGCCAGUGGCCAGGCAGCUGCCAAUUGGCUAGCAGGAUUUGGAAGGGGUCCCACACCACCCACCUUGCUGGGCAUCAGGCAAAACGCAAAUACCACAGGCAGGAGACGGCUGCUGGUCUUGGAUGAGUUCAAAAUGGAGAAAAGAAUCAGCAGAAUGUUCUAUAUAAUGACUUUCCUCUUCCUAACCUUGUGGGGUCCCUACCUGGUGGCCUGCUAUUGGAGAGUUUUUGCAAGAGGGCCUGUAGUACCAGGGGGAUUUCUAACAGCCGCUGUCUGGAUGAGUUUCGCCCAAGCAGGAAUCAAUCCCUUUGUCUGCAUUUUCUCCAACAGGGAGCUGAGGCGCUGUUUCAGCACAACCCUUCUUUACUGCAGAAAAUCCAGGUUACCAAGGGAACCUUACUGUGUUAUAUGAGAGAGCGUCUGUAAAUCUUUAGCCUUGUGAAACACUAACCCUCUCUGCUAAGCGAUGGUGGCCUGUAGCCAUGUCUUGAGAAGAGAAAUCAAGGAUGGGAUCAGCAGUUAUAAGGAUUUGGGCAACAUUCUGCAGUCUUUGCAAUAGUUCACCUAUAAUCCUAUUUUAAAUCUCAGAGUGAUCCUGCUGGCUGCCGGCGAAGGUUUGUAAUUAAGAAAGGACAGAACCACUGCCCUAAGUUUCUUUCUGUGGUUGAACACUAGAUAAUGAAAGUAGCAGGUGCUAAGUAUCAGUGCUAAAUGCUGUGUAUAUCAUUACAUAUGAAAAAAACUUUAAAAAAAACAAUUAGCAUUGGACAUUUUAAUAAAUUAAGUUGACAUGAGGUAAAUGUGUUGAUAAAAGCUAAUUUUAGAAGUUUGAAGACUUUAAAAACAUUUCAUACUAUUUUUGUUUUGCAAAGACUACACUGCUGGGGGACUUAACAGUACUGUAAUCCUCUAAAGAUGUGCCAUGAAUUAUUGGGGUACAACACUUUAAACACGCCUUGUAAGUUUGGGGGAGCAUUCCAAAGCAGCAUAUCGGUUCCAAUUAGAGUUUACCUUUUUUGUAUUAAUAUAUUGCUAUUUCUAAAUGCCACUUUCCUUCCCUUACCAGUGAAAUUGCUAGCAUUGAACUGUAUUAUGUGUUUUUUGUUGAUUCAGUAAAAAAAAAAAAAAAAAAAAAAAGUUUCAAGUUUGUUUCUAUUUUACAAAUGCUAGAUAUCUGUCUGGAGGCAACAUGAUGGUAUCAACUGACCACAGAUGAGCAGUUCUAAUAAUGCAGAAUAAACACGUGUUGCCUUAAAGGGUUAUCUAGUAUCCUUUACAUUCUUUAGCAGGGGAGCAAAUAGAUAAGAGGCAUUGAAUCAGUGGCCACCCGGGCUGUUCAUCCGGAAGUGCAUGGAAGAGCACUGAGUACUUCCCCUCUUUCCUCACAUGGUCUGGAAAUUAAGGGGCACAUCACUGGGAUAAUGAGGUUUUCUUCUGAGGUGUGCUACCCACUCCAGUGUGAUCUAAGAUGCAGACAGCUGAUGUGUGUUUAUAUUGUAAGUCAGCUGUCAGGGGAGCCCACAGCCUUAGUAUGACAUCCGGCACGAUUUGUGAAGCAUUUGGUGUAUGGAGGGCGCAGUCUUCUUUAUACUUUCUGCACAUUCCGUGCAUUGUUCAUCUCAAUCAUUUCAGUUUUACCUUGUGAAAACGUAUACUAUGAUUUCUGGUAUUUUUGGAAAUACAUCGGAUUCUGUGAGUCUCGUUCUUUCAGAUGUGUGAACUUCAACAUAAAGUUGCAUUUGCCCAAAUUUAUCUGUGUAGCCUGUUAAUUUUUGUGGAGUAAAUUUUACAUUUUUUGGCAUAUAAUUUUCAUUAAUCUAGCAAACAAGCACAAACUAGAAAAUUGGCUUUGUUAUGAUUUUUUUUUAAAUUUUUGUAGCUACUGUAUUCUGGAAUUGGAAAUGUAUGAAUGACAACAUAAACCCAACUUGAUUUUUAUAAAGCAUUAUUGGGUAGCAUUUUAAAUCCAUCCCUUUAUUUAUUCUUAUAUGCCGGUAAUAUUUGCUAAUGAUUACAUGCCUAAUGGUUUGGAAUUUUAAUAUAAUUAUUACACUUUAGUGUACAGUAGAAUUUUUUAUUUCUAAAUCUAUUACUUGGAAGAAUGGCUUGCAGUAGCAGUAUGACAACUCAGAGAAAGUUGCUAUUAGUUCUGUUGGCUUUGCAUAGUUUUGUUUGUUUCUGGAAGGAUGUUUGUUUGUUUUGCUUUUGUAUUUGAAAAAUAAGAUUAAGAACCUGGUGAAAUAGAAUUUCUCAUUGAUAUAGUACUUCUAUAAAUGGAAUUUUAAUACAAAUAGAAAAAUGAAUAACUGAAAUUUGCAAUUGUCUAUGCAACUAUCCAGUGUUGCUCAAGCCAUGAUUAGUGAGCAUUCUAACCUCAUUUCUACACCAAAGCUGACUGGAUCUGAGACAAAGUUUAAUGCAUAGCAUUGAGGUGGAUCUAGCAAAAAAGCUCCUUGUUGGUACCAAAACCAUCACCAAAACCAAAAUAAAAACAAUGUUACCAAAACAUGGUCUGCUAACAUGUUUGCAUCUCAAAAUUUACAGGAAAUGCAUAUGGCAUUGAUUAUUUACGUGGAGGAGUUUGCUUAAAGUUUUGAAUAUCAAUCAGAAAUUUUAUCAGUGAUCUUGAGUCCAGUGAGCAUAUGUUUCACCAACCCACACUCACAUUAUUUUGAUAAGUAAACAGGUAUGGAUUAAGAGAGUGGGGGUGUUAGGAAGGAAGAGAAAGCCAAGAGAACUUGUCUGACUCCACCUAGUUUUUC